AUGGAGGAUGAGGGACUCCGCAGCAGGACUUUACCCAGGAUCGGCUCAUCGUCUCGGGGGCAGAAGGAGCAGAAGCUGCGGCUCAGGGUCAUUUUCCUGGACAACAGCGAGAGAACGUUUGAGGUGGAGCACAAAGUUCUGGGAGUGGAUUUCUUCAACAAAGUGUGUGGUCACCUGAAGCUGCUGGAGAAGGAGUAUUUUGGACUGGAGUUUAGACACCACAGCGGCCAUUAUGUUUGGUUGGAGCUGAUGAAGCCACUGGCCAAACAGAUCAAAUACACAAGUGACCUCUUCUUCAGGUUUAUAGUGAAGUUUUUCCCUCCUGAUCCUGGACAACUGAAACGAGGACUCACCAGGUACCUCUUUGCCUUACAGAUCCGUCAGGACCUGUCCAACGGAGGCCUGACGUGUAACGACAACAGCGCCGCCCUGCUGGUCUCACACAUACUGCAGUCAGAAAUAGGCGACUAUAACGAGGAGCUGGACUCUCAGCACUUGGACAUGAAACAGUACAUCCCAAACCAGGAGUAUCUGGACCAUAAGAUCAUCAAACUGCACAAGAGGCACAGAGGUGCCACUCCUUCUGAAUCGGACGCCCAGCUCCUAGAGGUGGCUCGUAAACUGGACAUGUACGGCAUCAGGCCCCACGCCGCGUACGACGGGGAGGGCAUGAGGAUUAAUCUGGCCGUCACUCACUCGGGGGUUCUGGUCUUUCAGGGAAAUACCAAAAUCAAUUCCUUCAGUUGGGCCAAGAUUCGUAAACUGAGCUUCAAACGUAAACACUUCCUCAUCAAACUGCACGAUAAAGUCGGGACUCUGGGUAAAGACACUCUGGAGUUCUGCAUGGCGAGUCGUGACGUGUGUAAGUCGUUUUGGCGUGUGUGUGUGGAGUACCACGCCUUCUUCAGGCUCCCCGAGGAACCGCAGGCCGUGCACAAGACGCUCCUGUCCUGCAAGGGGUCAAGGUUCAGGUACAGCGGCCGAACGCAGAAGCAGCUGCUCGAGUGUUUGGGACCAAGUUCAGGAGAUAAGAAAAUCUCAACAUUUGACAGAACAUACUACCAGUCCGAUUACGACGAAAGACAGUGCCGAUCGUCUCCGGAUCUGCUCACCGACGUCUCCAAACAGAUUUUCGAGCACUCCUUCCUGUUCCCUCCGUCUUCUCGAGUUUUGGCCGUUCAGAGCGACAACGAACUGGACCCUCAGCGCCGCCAUCUCCAGGACUUCGAAUUCGACCCGACGUUUGACCCCAACGGGAUGUCCAAACGCAGCCACUCCUCGUCCGAAGUCGCGCGACCGUUCCGCCCGUACACCCAAGUCACGCCCCUGUCUCCGUCGCCGUACCACAACUCGCCGAAACAACGCUCCGCCUCCGCCUCCGGACCGGACGACCCCAAGCAGUUCGCGCGGGUGGGUCAAAUCCGGCAGGCGCAACGGUUAGCCGGGGUUUACGCUAACCGCUCAAGACGCCGACCCAAUCCGCAACCGCCUCCCGACGCUCCGCAAGGAUUGGUUCUUUUAUACCCCAAUAACCCCGCCUACCAGUAUCACCCCGUUCUUCCCUCGUUUCCGAUGGCAACGCCUUUACAAAAACACCCGUACUUGUCCGAUUACGUCUCGUCUUUAGAACGAUUCACUCAACCGCAAAGAAGGGACUUUACCGCUACAGACGGACGCCAAACUUUUUACCCGCUGGCGCACGAUUCGCCGACGCCAAGGAGGAAUUUGCGCCCGUACGCUUCAGGCGGGCUGGGGUUGCCUCGCGUCUACCCGCCAGGAAGUAACGGAGGAAGGCUAUUGGGCGUCGGGCAGGUGGAGGCGGGGCAUUACAGCGACGAUUGUAGCUUCCUUCCCGGUUUGCCGCGGCGCGUCGCUAGCCAACCAGACGUCAAGUUUACAUUUCCGAGAAGCGCGAACCCCGCGUCGGAAUUUCGCCCGUUAGGAUAUUACCCGCAUUUGACGAGACCGACCAGACCGACGUACUUGCCGCUAAACUCGUCGCCGUUGCCAGAGAGACCAGUUUCCAUGUGUAUGUUUGGCGGCGCGUCCGGUAGCUAUAGCGACACGGAGCAGGAAGUGUUUUAUCCGUAUUACUUAGCGCCGCCUCCUUUGGGAAACACGGGGAGGGCUGCGGCGGGUCUCGCGCGGAUGCGGUUUUCGUCCGGGAGUCUCCAGCUGGACGAGGAAGAGGAGGAGGACGAGGAGGACGAGAGGAAGGAGGUGAAGGCGAGAAAAGAGAUGAAGGUUGAAGUGGAGAGGAGAGAGGAGGAGAGAGGAGCGGCGAAAAUAACGAAGAUAACGCUGUGA